AGAAGCCAACAGCUUCCAUCGAGUCGCGAAGUUGCCACCUCCUCUACCUCCUCCUCUACCUCCUCUACCCCCUCUACCUCCUCUACCUCCUCAAUUGCCUCGCGACAUCAACGACCCUCCCACAGCAACAGCGGCAGCGGAAUCAGCAACAACGAAGUCAACACCCGCCACUGAGGCCUACACCGCCAUGCAGCCUGCGGUCUCUGCCCAAGCCGCGUCGCAUUCUGCGGGGGAGAUUCAGGCGAGGGGCGGUGGCUGCGAGGAGGAGGAGGAGGAGGAUGAAGCGAUGCAGUUGCUGACCAUCGUAACCGGCGAUCUCAUCUCCGGCUACGUGGCUCACCUGACGCAGCAGACGGAGCAGCAGCAGCAGCCUGUGCAGCAGCAGCAGCCUCUGCUGCAGCAGGGGCUGCAGCAACAGCUGCAGCAGCAGCUUCAGCAGUUGCAGGAGCAGCUCCCGGCGGUGCAGCAACAUCUCCUGCUGUCGCAGCAGCAGCAGCAGCAGUGGAUGGAGAAGCUCUGGCAGCAGCAAUUCCAGCACAUGCAGCAGGUGCAGGAGCAGCUCCAGCAGGUGCAGCGGCAACAGGAGCUUGUGCAGCAGCUGCAGCAGCAGGAGCAGCUCCUGGAUGUGCAGCAGCAGCAGCAGCUGCUGCAGGAGCUGCAGAAGAAGUAUCAGCUCCAGGAGGUGCAGCUGAUGCGUCGGUUCAAGCAGCUGCACGAAAUGCAGCAGGAGCAUUUCCAGCAGUUGCAGCAGUUCAAGGAGUGGCAGGAGCUGCAGCGGCAGGCGCGGCAAAUACAGCGGCAGCUGCGGGAGGUGCGCUCGCUGCUCCAGACCUCCCGGCGGCUGGUGCGGAUGCGUGUGGAGCUUCUGCAGGAGGCGCUCGACACCCGAGGAGACGCGUUGCUGGCGGAGUUCGAAGCCUCCAUCCCAGACUUUGUGAGGCGCGCGGAGGAGCUGGCGAAGCAAGUGGACCCGCGCCGGCUGGUCAUGACCCUGGCCUGGCAGGUUCUCACCGCGGGGCCCAUGAGCUGGGGCUGCGUGCUGUCCAUGGUGGUGUUUUGCGCGCUGCUCGUCAAGAACCUGAGGGCCUCCGGUCGUCUGGGCGACUCGGAGGAGACUUGGCCCUUGACGGACGCGGUGGCCGCUGUGCUGUUGACCACACGCAAGACCUGGCUCAUGGAACAGGGAGGCUGGGAGGGCUUCCUGCGAGCGUUCGGGCCGGGGACGCCCACCUAGGAGAGGAGCCGUAGACGCCGAGCUCCGACGGGCAGCGACAGUGAAGACGAGAAGAGAGACAGAGAGAGACAGAGACUUUGGACUUGUACACAACUUUUAUUGCCUCCAGCAGCAACAGCACUGGAGGCGAUUCCGAUAUGAAAUACACAAAGUCACCAGCAAACAAACGAAUGAACGCUGUAAAUCCGCACGCUGUGGCGCUAAAUGCAGCGCAACACGAAAUAAAAGUCACGUGGUGGUGGUGGUUGUGGUGGUGGUGGUCAUCUCGCACGCCACGGUGACGAGAGAGCGCCUCAGAAGAGAGAACGGCCAUCACCAAGCCAUGUCAAUUUUUUUACUUUUCUCUUUACAAAAAUGAGGCUUCCAUUAACGUGUGGUCCGACCUCUGUCAGGCGUUGAACAGUAAAAUAGUACACGUCUUUAGAAAGUGCAUCGUAAUAUCUGCAUCGUUAAUAUUUUUAAACUUGAGGGAAUGAAUUUUUUGGCAGUGGCAAUGAGAGAUGCAAACAUUGAAAUGGCUCGGGGUUUGAAUCAGAUGAAAAUUCAGAGGCGUUAAAAGGUGCUAACUACCAACCUAAAUGUUCAAACAAUUGUCGUGGGAUACGUGUUGAUUGUGUGCGUUUACACAAUUUGACUUGAAGUAUUGAAAACUGGUUACACAGAAACAAAACUUACAGCCAAGAAAUUGUGGUGACGUGUUGUUUUAAAUUGCCUGAAUUUCUGUAAAACACUUUUUGAGUGGCAAUGUCAGACAGUUGUUGUCUUUGAUCGUUCAUAAUGAAUUUUGUGUGUUCAGCGUUACCGACGUAAGUCGUGAUUUUUAAACGGAAUCUUAACUUUUAAUGGAACAUAAAUCUUAAGUAGUAGAGCUGUGUGAAAAUAUAUAGCUGGAAAAUGUUGCGGUACAACACUCACGACAAACAUCGUUUAGUUCCUGUCCGGCCUAAGCACAGCUUACGAGUAUCCUGCUAGAAGUGUAACAGUUGCUCACAGGUUCAUGACGUAUUUAUGUCGCGUACAAAGUCCUCUUCAAAGAUGUCUGGCCAACGUGAAAGAGUAAAAAUUACCCCCCCCCUCCCCCCGCCUCAAGUGGUGCCCCAUCUGCCAGCGGUGGCACGAGCAGGAAUUGCAGGGCUGCGCCUCUGCCUUUGACACAAUGUCUGCCAAUAAUGGGGGGAUCAAUAAAAACACGGUGAAUGUUGACUGAGAUGAAAUUAUUGAUGUGAAACUAUCUGCAAUAAAUGACAUGUUGCGUCUC